AUGCCUCUGGCGGUCCAGCAUGCUCUGACGCUGAAGAUGAAGAAAGCGCUGCCUGACUUCAGCUCUGAGCACACCUUGCUGACAGCGAUGAGCAAGAAGAUGGGCUUGUCUUUGAUGAAGGUCCGGAAGAUCUGGCAGCGCAGAGACAUUCUGGCGAGGUUGCAGAAGCACCAUGGCUUCGCUCUGCAACCUCACGUCUCUACUGGGGCCAAAGGCCUGAAGAGGACUGCGACGCAGCGCCGGUAUCGUGGAUACCGUCUGCCUGGUGGUGGGAGGAAGUCUGCCUUCACGGCUGUCCGAGACAGUCUGCUUGUCUGGUUUGAGACCCAGCGCUGCCACGGCCACUCUGUCAAGAAGGUCCACAUUCUGGAGCAGUGGCGUCUGCUGAUGACGAAGGAGCUUCUGGAUCUGCGGCAGCAGUCUGAGGCUGCUGUGGACCGCCACGAGCGAGCCGCUCUGCUUCAACUGGUCUCUGAAGGUGAGAAGCAGCUCAAGUCUUCUGCGGUGGACUCUGGAAGGAACCGUCUCAAGCAGUUGAUGAAAGAUCUGCGAGCGAAGGACAUGGUCCCGGACCUGAAGACUCAGGUCUCUGAGGUUGACGAGGUGGUUCGUGCAAAGUUGACCUACCAGGCCCUGGACCACACCCUCUGGUUGACCUGUUUCGGCCCUGAGGCAGAACUGCGGGAAAGGGUCAGCAAACCUGCUGUUCUGCGUGCCAACCUGCAGUCCAUGGUCCUGCUCUUCGCCGACCAGGUGCCCCUGUGGUUGAAGUCUGGUUCUGAGAAGGAGGUGUAUGCGAAAUGGGAGUCUGACCCGUACCCGCAGUCUCUGCUGAGACAAGAGCUUCUGGACCACCACACCCGCACUCUUGCUGACCGGACCUCCGACAGCCAGGUGCCGCCUCUGCUGUCGGCUGAGCUGCCUGCUGUGACUGAGAAACGCAAGAACUCUGGACAGCGUCAGAAACGGUCUUUUGCUGACCCUGAUGCACACAGGUACCGUCUGACGUACGAGGCCAGACAGGGUCUGUACAACCUCUGCUCCGAUGCUCCUCUUGUGGGCAAGGUGCUGCCGGGUCUGUUAGUUGUUCAUGGAGCGCAUGCUCGAUUGAACAACAUAGACUCUGCUGGCAAGUUCAUCUCUGAUGAGACCUUCGAAUACAACGGCACUCUGGUGGUGCGGAAGGCGAAGACCUCUGCCGGCCGUCUGCUCUUUGGCUGGCGGAAAGCCAGACAGUCUGACCCAGAACUCUUCAGACGUAUCUCUGUGAUGAGUCAGCCGUCUGCGAACGUAGAUGGCGUCAUCUACGUCUGGGCCCAGCAGGAGCUGGCGGCUCUGACGCCUGUCUGCAUCCAGCAGCGAGACUGCUACGCUGCGGCCUGGUCCUCCUCUGCCGCCGAGUCUCUGCUUUACAGCAACCGUCUGCAGACCAUUAUUGGUCCUAAGAUGACUGCGAGUCUGCAGUUGACUGACACAGACUUCUCUCGGAGCUUCAAGAGUCUGUGUCGCUCUGAAAUGGAUCGUCUGAGGCAUGCUGGCCAGACAGCUCUGUUCGCCUCUGGGAACAAGGAGAUCUGGCACUGCUCCCACCUCGAUCUGAUCCGCUGUGUGGUCUCUGCACAAGACGAGAUGUCUCGCAGGCAGGACGAGAAGGACUGGAUCGUUUCUGGUCUGAGGCGGAAUGGCAUUCUGGCUUACAAGCCUGACUUGAGCUCUGGCAAACUGGUGCCUCUGACGGAUGCAGAGUGCUGCUCUGCUCGCACGAAGCCAUCCUGGUUGGAGGACCGCUUCCUCUGGCGUGUGGGCUCUGUGCCUGUGAAGCCGGACUGGUCUGCCAUCGCUGGCGCCCAAGCCGUUGCGGAUCUGGUGGAGUGGUCGCUGAACCAUCCUCACGUGCUGUCCUCUGAAGAGGAAGCUCUGCUCGCUGUGCCUGAACUCCCCGAGGAUCUGCAAAUCCCGUGCAUUGAGUCUGGGGUUCUGACCCUGAGUCUGGAUCUUCAGAGGACAGCCUGGCGGAAGCAGCUGGCCACCUCUGAUGACGCUCUGGCAAAGAAGCGGGAACGCAGGGAUGUCAAGGCCAUGCUGGCUCUGGCUAAGAAGAAGCUGCAUGGCAAGCUUCUGGAGGCCAUGAGGCAUCGUCUGAAGACGAUGUCUCAGCAGCAAGCUCUGGCUCGUCUGGUUCCUCGUGCUGCUGAGCCCAAAUCUCAGACAAAGAAGUCUGUCAAGAAGAAUCUGCUCAAGACUGCAAGCAAAGCUGUGGUCAAGAAGAUGGGUCUGGCCAAGGCCCUGAAAGAGCAGAAGGCUCUGGAGGACCAAGAGGCUCUGGAGGAGCAGAGUGGCUCUGCCAAGCCACCCAGCACAGGCCGGGUGUACGUAUAG